CCGGCCCUCCAGGAACCACUACCUUCCAACAACUAUCGAGUAUUUUUUCGCUUUUUCGAUACGUGCCUAGUGCAGGUCCGGAGUUUCAUUAAUUUGCGGUGCAAGUACGUAGCAUUUCAUUGACCGCAGGAAGUAACAAAUUCUACCUUGGUUACGUUUAUAUCCAAUAAGCGUAAUCGAACCAACCACCAAAGGGUUUCGCUCUCUCGUGAAAAUUCGCUUGCUAACAAGCAUUUGCGGCAUGGGAGCUAAGCUCGCGAAAGGUUCCCAUGUCGCCGGGGAAGGCGAAUUCGGGAACCAGUUCCGACUCGGGCGGAAGUUAGGGGAGGGUGCCUUCGGUGUCGUGCACGAAUGCCGUAUCGGAUGAUUUUUACUAUACCCUUUUACUUACUGAAAAGCCAUUUUUUCCGUUUUGUGCCUGCAUCUGCAAGUGGAACUACAUGAAAUCAGUCGUCGAUGGUGCCUAUCCUCGUGUUGCUUCCUUUGAAGUAGGCAAAUUCAUCUUCAGGUAAGCGUGACCAGGACGAUUCGGGCGAUCCUUAUGCGGUGAAGAUGAUAGACCGCGUAUCAAAAUGAAAAAUCCCCCCACCCCAUACUCAAACUAGAAAUUUGUGACGCAGAUUUGUGGCCACAAAUCAGCUUUGUCAUGCUAGAAGGGAAAAGAUGCGGACUGUAGUGCUGGUUGGCGUGGGAAAGCCUUGCAUCUUCAGCAUGACAGGGGGAAGCUGAAAGUGGAAAACAGCAUGACAAAUUGCCUGCAAACGAGGCCACAGCUGCGCCUCUUGGCCUUCUAGCGUUACAAGUCGAUUUGUGUACUCAGAUACAGCAUCACAAAUUUCGUUUUCGAUAUGGGGUGGGCGCUUUUUUCACUUUGAUACCGCGUGGAGGCGGACACUUCGGAUAUCACGCGCGAGAUCGAGGUGAUGGUGUCCCUGGAUCACCCGAACAUUGUCGGCUUCGUCGCGGUUUUUCAGGAAAAGUGUUUCGUGUGCAUCGUGAUGCCGAAGUUCGGAGGUGGCGACCUGGUGGACGGCUUGCAGUUGCACCUGAAAAAGUACGGAAAGAUCCCCGAAACGACCUGCGGCAAGCUCUGCGCCCAGGUCUUCUCCGCCGUCGAGCACUGCCACGCGAAGGGGUAUGAUUUACCGAGUACGGUUAUUUGAGUGACUUGAGUGUUCGCGGUUGGAUUUCGAUUUUCAGUGUCCAUAAAGAACUUAUCUUCAUUCACGUUGCUACAGUACGUAGCACUUCUGAUUCUGAAACUUCUAAGAAGGCAGCAAACGAGUCUUACGCGAAGCAAAAACAGGUACAUCCACCGCGACAUCAAGGGCGACAACGUGUUGCUGGACAGACCGGACAUUUCCGAUCCAAAUUGCAAAUUGGUGCUCUCUGACUUCGGUACCGCCAUCGCGCACACGAAGGGAAAAAUCCUGCGCCAAUUGACGGGCACACGGGUACUGUGGUGUAGAGGAAAGUCUUUUCUGGAAAAUUCGAAUUUCGACAAAACCGGUACUUGUUUGAUGAACAUAUAAUCACUGUUGCUGUGUACUACGUAGCUGCAUCGGCGAAUAUUACGAAAACUAUAUGAAAAAUUUAAGGUCUUUUGGUCCCCGGAAAUGUGCGCUCGUCGGUAUUCCUUUCCGGCCGACGCGUGGGCGUGCGGCGUAGUGAUGUACGGUCUGGUGGAUAUCAAAAGGAAAAAUCCCCCCUCCCCAUAUCGAAACGAAGUUUCUGAUGCUGGAUUUCCGUACACAAAUCAGAUUUGUCUUGCUGGAGAGGAUUGCAGGCAUAUGCCAAGCCUCAGUCGAGAGGUUCUUGACGUAGGCGCCUAGCAUGGCAAAUGUGUAUGCUCUAAGCCCGACAGCAUCACAAACCGCCUGGAAAGUGCGGGGCGCUCUCUGGACUUGCCUUCUUGCAAGACAGACAGGAUUUGAGGUCACAAAUGCGCGUCACAAAUUUUCAGUCGGUGCGGUUGUUUUAGCAUCACAAAUUUUCAGACGGAUACGUUUUCAAUAUGGGGAGGGGGGAUUUUCCCUUACGAUAGUGGAUGCCACUUUCCCUUUCCGCGACGAGCGGCAGAUCUGCGAAAAGGAACCCAAGAUGCCGCCGCGGGCCAGCGCGGAGUGCAAAGAACUGAUCCAAAUGAUGCUCUCCAAGGACCCCGAGAGGAGGAUAAGCAUCUCCAACGUGUUAAUUUUGAUCAUGUCCACAUUGCUCGGAUUAGGAUUUUUUAGUAGAAGGUGCAUUCAUGUUGUUAUAGUGAUGUCAGGGUCCUCCUCAGCCUCAUCAAGCGCAGCUAGAAAAACCUUCAUUUUGUGAAAAUCCUCUGUCAGGCUUUGAAGCACGAUUGGAUUCAGAAGUUCGCCCCGGGCGUUGCGGUCCAGGAGCAGCCCGCCGAACCGGCGGCGGAGCAGGAGACCGCCAGCAAGGGCGAAGUGGAGGCGGUGGGCCGCGAGCAGGUGCCGCAGGCGAUGGCGCUGCGCCGAAAGGAGAUGGCGCAGGUCUACGCGAACAAAAACCAACAGAAAAAAGUGUUCGAGGUGGUGGACUUCAAGGCCGAGGGUCUGCGCGCCGGCGAAGUUAUCCAGUACACCUGGUUCGAGGCCAAGGACGCGAUAUCAAAUGCAAAAAUGUCUGGGUCUGGAAGAUUGCGAGAUUUGUCAUGCUUGUCUGGCAUGACCAAAAAGUUUGUGAUGCGUGUCCAAGAAGGGACCACUUUUCCUGUCAUGCAAAAACGCAGUUUGUCAUGCGGAAAACGCAACACAAAGGAGCGCAGAUAUUUCUCAUGCUUGGCCGUGAAUUGCAGAGCACUCACUAUUCCCAACGCAGCAUUACAAGUUUCCAGACCCAGACAUUUUUGCAUUUGAUACCCGAAGGCACUGUACGAAGUCUCCGGGACCGACCAGAGCGGCAACAAAAAGGCGAAACAGUUCGUGUGGACGCCGAAGACGUUGGAAGCGCAUUUGCAGAAGGUAAGUACUGACUUACCAUGAAAGGUGGAGUUCUUUUGUUUUUGAUGCCGGCUUCUUGUUGCAACAAGAACAUCUUUACUUGUUCUUACAACUGAAGACCCAUCUUCUUCCUACAACAGGCCAACAUCAAGACAUCCAACUACGGGACGGGGAAGGCGAAGACGCUCGGCGAACUGUGCGCGGAGAUCACCGCGGGCGAGUGUUCUUUGAUGCACGAUUGCACGGGCGGGUUUUCUAUCAAAUGCAAACAUGUCUUGGUCUGGAAACUUGUGAUGCUGAACUGUGGAUGACUGAAAUAUUUUCCAAUGUAGCCAAGCAUGACAAGUUUGCAGAACGCUCUUUCAUGCUCAGUCCGCAUGAAAAACUGCGCUUUUGUAUGACCUAAGAGGGCGUCUUUUUUGUUAGACAUACAAUACAGAUUUUACCAGCAUUACAAGUUCCAUGUUUUCAGACCCAGACAUAUUUGCAAUGCAUAUUUUCCUCCCGGAAGAUCGUUCGCGUGGUCGAGCUGGUGCUGCUCCGCGUGAAGAACGGGAAGGACGGGCAGCAAACGCUGAUCGAGGCCAAGGAGAAGCUGGCCGACGGGCGCGAGUACGACACCUACCGGUUGCCGGGUGCGAAGCAGCGGCCCAACGAGAAUGUGAAGGCGACCGCGGAGCGGAUCCUGGCGGAGCGGCUGCACAUGGAGAAGUUAUUACAAUGAAAAAUGCCCCCACCCCCGAAUCGUUGGGAGCAUUUGUAUUGCAAACCUUUCCAAAUGAAACAUUCGCCGUCUUGCAUGUAUCAGCAUCACAGGUGUCCAAUCGUGAAUAGCAAAAAUUUGUGUUGCCAAAGACCCCAGCAAGAGCGGCGCUUGUCAUGCAAGCGAUGCGAUACACGCCUAGAAUCUGCAUCAGAAAGAUUCAUACUCCUUUCAUGACAAAAAGUUUUCAUUUGGAAACUUCGCAUCACAAAUUUUUGCAAUUUCAGGGGUGGGGGGCACUUUUCACUGCAAUAGAAGUCGAAGGUGACCUUCAACUACGGCGAGAAGGAGAUCGUGGAGGUGAAGGAGGACAGCCCGUCCUACCCGGGCGUGGUCACCUAUGGAAGCGUCAGGUUUGAAAUUGUCAAAGUUGAAAUAAUUUGUAAUGCAUAAAAUGCAUGACCGGAGGCACGUGUGUUGCAGAGCAGGCAAGUGAGGCCGAUUGUAAGCCUGUUUGGGGCUACAGCUCGAGCUGCUAAAGUAACAUGAGGAAAUCGCUCUUCUUUGCCUAAACAGCAUGACAGAGUGGAUUUAGGGACCACCGAAAUUUGUCUUGCGCCACUUGGAAACUGGGUUCCAAUUGGCAUCCAUUUUAUGCAUGGCAAAUUAUUUCAACUUUGUCGAUUUCAACUCUGACACAUCCAUAUCACCGUGUACCGGAAGCACAUCGUGGAGGGGCACCUGCAGGCGCACGCGAUGAAGCCGUCGGACCUGGCCGCGGUCGGCGGCCAGAAGUGGGACAGCUUCAUGAUAUGGAUUGCAAAUGUGUCUGGGUCUGGAAGAGUACGAACUUGUCAUGCAUCUUUUCCAUGACCCAUGAGGUUGAGGUCUGAAAUGCGGGACCUAGCAUGACAGACUCUGCGAGGUCUCUGUCAUGCCUGUCCUGCAUGGGAAACUCCGUCCCAACUUGGUCGAAAGUGGACAGCUUUUGGCGCUCAUGCAAUACAAAUUUUUGCAUGCUUCGGAUUUAGCAUGACAAGUUGCAAUCUUCCAGACCCAGACAUAUUUGCAAUGUAUACAUGACCAAGGGGAACAAGGACGAGGUGAAGACGUGGCAGUGGAUGACGGCGAAGGAGAUCACCAAGAAGAAAAUCAAGAUCGCGGGCAAGAAGGCCACGGACGAGGUGUCCUCCCUGGUCGCGUCGAACCUGAAGAUCGACGAGGACGGGCUCAAGCUGCAGCUGGAGGACGCGAAGUUGGACCCCAAGUCCUUCGGCGCCAACGGCGCGAAGACCCUGUUCGAGGUCGCGCAGGAGGUGGCCCGCGGCGAGUGCCACCUGCAGUACAACGGCGAGGUGCUGGAGCGCGUGGUGGAGGUCGUGUUGCUGGUGGUCGAAGACGAAAAGUCGGGGAAAAUCUUGCUGGAGACCAGCCGCACGGACGAGAAGACCGGCGCGAAGAAGGCCAAGGACCAGCUGCCCGGCUCGAAAGCCCGCCCGGCGGAAAGCAUCUACACCACGGCAAAGCGGAUCACGAACUGCCUGCUGCACAUCCCGGAGGAGCAGAUCCAGUUCGGGAACCACAGUCUGUUCGAGGAAGCCUCCAAGGCCGACUACCGCUACCCGGGCAUGCGCACGCUGUACCGCAAGCACGUCAUCAACUGCAAGGUGGAUGCGGGCGCGAGUGCGUGAAAAAGUUCGAGUUUGUUUGAUUUGUUGGUGUAGUUUCGGUUGAUGUCGUCUUGUGUGUUGGAGUGAUCGCGUAUCUUGCACCUGCCGCAAAGAAAACGAAUUUAUCAGAAAGAUGUAUGAUGUUGCAGUAAAAAAUCGGGAAAAUAGAAUAGAAAUGUCACAGAUUUGAAGCAAAAGUUUAAAAGUCAGCAUAUACAGUCGAUUUUGCAUUAUUUCAUGAUUGUCAGACAUCACGUUUACUCUCUCUGGAAUCUUCCAAUUUGGCAUAGAGACAGAAAAAAGCCGUGAAGGUCAUCAUGAGUCUUCUUUGUAUGAUUAGCGUGUUGAAUUAUGAAAAUUUAGUUUUAUGCACGACUUACAGUUACAGCCCACAUUAGUGGAGUAGAGAAAAAGAGUUUCAUCGAGGUCACUCAUGUCAAUGAAUACAGGGCAUCACUGACAAUAUCUCCACAUGUUAAACACCAAUACGGGAAAGGUACUAUGUUUCUUUAGCAUGAGGUCGCCCAGAAAUUGAAAGACAACCAAACCGACAGCUUGGUGGUGUCGUCGUCCUGUUU